CGGGCAGCCUCCCGCAGUCGGAGGCGGAUGUUCCACAUCGCCGACAUAAUGUACGCACACUGGAUGGAAUUGACAACAUCCCACCUGUCUCGAAGGCGGCGGAUUUUAGCCGCGCGUCUGUUGACAAGCGGCGGCCACCGAUAAGGUCCCGAGCGAGGGCGUUUCGCCGACGAUCCAGACUCCGGCGGUGCCGGUUUGGAAACAAGAAGUGCCCUUGGACCCGAUGAUUGCAGCCGCAGUGCCACAGUUGAUCAUCCGACGGGAGGGCAGAAUGUCACGGCAGCAGCAGCAGAAAGCCAUCGGCGGCGUCGUGGAGGUCAAAAGUAAAUUUGAAGCGGAAUAUCGUCGCUUUGCUUUCAAGAGGAACUGCCAAGGUGGUUUCCAGGAGUUCUAUAGCCUCCUCCAAAUUAUCCAUCACAUCCCCGAUGCGGACAUGUUAUUGGGCUACACGGACGACUCCGGCGACCUCCUUCCAAUCAACAAUGACGACAACUUUCACAAAGCCGUCUCAUCAGCAAAUCCCUUGCUUCGCAUUAUCAUAACCAAGAAAGAGGAUGAGCGUGUAGGUUUUCCAAACAACUCCCUCCAGAGGCGUAAAAAAGGCCCAGGACUGCCAGGACUUCGGAACCCCGGCUCAUUGUCCAUCCACUCAAAGAACAAAGUGUCUCUCAUGAUCGGCCAACCACAGAACUUCCGUCAGAUCUCGUCAAUCAUCGACGUGGAUAUCUUACCCGAGACACAUCGACGUGUACGGCUGCACAAGCAUGGCACCAAGAAACCACUGGGCUUCUACAUCCGAGAUGGGGUCAGUGUACGGGUGACGCCCCAGGGUGUGGAAAAGGUUCCAGGAGUGUUCAUAUCCCGCCUUGUGCGUGGCGGUCUUGCAGAGAGCACGGGGCUCCUGGGGCUUAAUGAUGAAAUUCUGGAGGUCAACGGCAUUGAUGUUACUGGAAAAUCUUUGGAUCAGGUGACAGACAUGAUGGUAGCCAACAGCCAUAACCUCAUCGUGACGGUGAAGCCAGCCAACCAGAGGAACAAUGUCAUUCAUCGCGGGAGUCGAACCUCGGAGGGAGUUUCUGUUUCUUCCGGCUUAAAUGGAUCAACGGGCUCCGCUCGAUCCCGUGAUUCUUCAAGUCCUGCUUCCCAGAGCACCCCCAUCACUGCAAGCAACAGCAUUGCAGAGGGUGACAGUGAUGAAGAUGACGACGACGACGAUGGCGAUCUCAUCCUGGAAAAUGAUCAUUUGACAUUUCCGGAAUCGCAUCGGGUGGCCAACAACAACAACAACGGCAACAGCCUGCACCGCAACAGUGAAAGAUUGCGCGACAGUCCCGUGAUCCGGGCCCUUCAACAGAGCAUCUCCAUGCCCGAGAGCAUGGCCUCUUCCAUGGUGACGUCCGGUCAAAACGGACAACCGCAUCCAUCGGCCGGCAACACUCAGCAGAGCGUGAGAAACGGUGGCGACAUGCUAACGCUGUAACCACACGCCGUUGCCGACGGUGGAUGGGAAAGAGAAUAUUCUUUAUUGGUGCCUGCAGAUUCAUCUCUAAUAUUUACAAUUUGACUCAAACGCAAUCAGCAUUGAAUUUGACUUUUUAUUUUCAUGCUGGUUAAUGUUUUUCAACUGCUCGGGGCCGCUGGGUUGUGUCUGUGUUGCCAUUGUCGUUGUUGAAUAUCAAUAAACAUGUAACCAGAUACACAUGAUGAUCUGCCAUUCCAUCAGUGGAGCAGGACAGUGAUAGUAAUCUGCCACUGAAACUCAUCUUCUGUCAGGAGAUGAUGGUGUGCAUAGCAUGAUGCUAGCGUCCUUCCUUCUGCCACAGAUGCCAGCCAAUCGCCGGGCACGUAUAGACCCACAUUCAUAGCUACGGACAAUUUGGAGUCGCUAAUUAACCUAGCAUGUUUUUGGAAUGUGGGAGGAAGCCGGAGUACCCGGAGAAAGAGAGAUGCCAAAGCGGAGUAUCGAACUCAGGUCUUCCCGACCGCCUGAUUGUGUGGCCGACAUGCUAACUAAUAAGUGUGAAUAUAUAAAGAAAAUCAAUAAGACAAAAUAAUAUUUUCAUUUGCUUUGUCGGAUCCGUGUUGUCGCUCUGCUGCCGCCUUCUGCCCUUCUUGUCCUUUCAGUGCACCUCUGGCUGGAAGGAGGUGUGAGGUGCUCACUCCCGCCGCCAAUCUUGUUCCUGACCUUCUCGAGCACGGAAGCAGGUGUACCUCGUCGCCAGAUCGUGCCCACAACCUUCCCGGUCCUCCACACCUUCCGCUUGCUCAGCAACGCUGAUUUUUAUUUGCUGCUUUGCGUCUUUUGCCCGUGUGACGUUUGGUCCGCAAUGUUUUUGGUUGUACUUUGCUCUCCGUGUUUCCUGCAGUAUUUUUUAUUCUCUGUUGUACGUUUUGGUCUCUGUAGCGGUUUACUUUGGCCCUGGGUUGUCAUUUCCCCAACCUUUGGUAAUAAAGCAUUUUUUCUUAGACAAAA